UCUUACUAGAGAAAUAAAAAGUUAAUUCCAGCGUUAGACAUAAGAAAUAUGGCUAGCCACGGAUACGUUGAUUGGCAGUUCGGAGGCAGCGAUGCAGCUGAAAAGGCUGCUGCAGCCUCUCUAGGCACUUACUCUUCUGAAAUCUUUAGCAUGUGCGACCCUCAAGGAAAGCCUAUUUUGCCUCCACUAAGCGAGGAGGCAGAGACCAGCCAUACUGCCGAAAAGGCGGUUGUUCAAGCUGUCCUUUGUGGCAGGGGAAACGCCUAUGCUCCUAGUAUUGGCCUCUUUGUUGCCAAACGGUAAAUAUAGAAUGUUAAUGAUUUUAGAUUUUUUGUACAAUAGAGCUAUAUAUGUGCUGUUUUUGGGUUGGUUCAGGUUAGUCCUUUUUUGAGAUUUAAGCCGAAUACAUUUUGGUCGGUCAGGUUAGAUAAAACCGGUUCAACGGAAUUGGCAUCCUUGUUUUGCAUCCUAACUCUACGCUUAUAUAAUUAUUAGUGCUGUGGCGGAUUAAUAAAAAAAGAGAUCUUGAUAACAAGCUAACGGGAGAUGAUGUAUAUAUGACUGUUGGAUGCAAACAAGCAAUUGAGCUUGCGGUCAAAAUCCUGGCUAAACCGACAGCCAACAUCUUGCUUCCGAGGCCUGGCUUUCCAUGGGACAUGGUCCACUCUAUUUACAAACAGCUUGAGGUUCGAAGGUAUGAAUUCAUCCCGGAGAGAGACUUCGAGAUCGAUUUCGACAGCGUCAGAGAGAUGGCAGACGAGAACACGUUUGCGAUAUUUAUAUUCAACCCCCAUAACCCCAAUGGGAACUACUACACUAAGGCUCAUCUUGAGCAGCUCGCUACAUUGGCUCGGGAACUAGGGAUAAUUAAUGGUAAUUUCGGAUGAAGUAUACAGAUGGACCGUGUUCGGGAGUAAUCCAUUAUAA